UUUCCUUUCUUUCUUUCUCCCGUCUUCUUUCCACUCCACAUUCCUUACCCUAUCCCACAGAUACCCCGCACCAUUUAAGUGUGCAUUUCCAUUCUCGCCCAAAGACAACUCUUCUUCAUCAUCAUACCUGCCUUUCAUCCAUGUCAAUCACAGCGAGCCGAGUACGUCGGCGAUCCAUAGGAUCAAUAUCAUGCCAGGAUAUCGCCAGCACCAUAACCACAACCACAACCACAACCACAACCAUCGGUAAAGACAACCUUCACUCGCGUUCAUGCGAACGCAAUUGGGCUCUUAUUCCCACAACUAGACAUCUCAGCGCAGAGCACCCUGCAGUUGUUUUGAGGCAUAACCAUCCUCGUGUACUCGACUCACACCUAUCACCUGUAGCGACCAAGGGUGCAACCGCAGUUAUCUUGACCUAUGCGUCCUCGGCAACGUGCCUUCCUGUCUCUGAGGCGCCAGGGGACCAGUCAAGGAUACCGCUUCCAUAUGCGCAUCGCUCUCGGACAAGGACAGGAUACAUCCUCCCCCGAGCAGCAGUUCUUCUGCUACUAGUUAUGGUAUUAUUGUGUGCCCUGCAGCCAGUUUCAGCGACAUCCAUGUAUCAGGGACCGCUCCCGCAGGAACGACGGCCUUCGGUCCUGGCCAAUCGUAAAUGUGGUACAAACUCAGCCUCUAUAGCCUCCACACAAAGACAGGGGUCCACUGUUUCGAAACAGAUUUCUAGUGAGCACCCCACGAGGUGGAAUACGGAGUGUUCGGUCCAACGAGAGCAAUUGUAUGCCAGAAACGCUGACAAUAUCAGGAGGAGGGGACAGCAAUUGCAUAAGCGUAGAGUGGACGGUCAAGCGGACGGAAGCAGAGAUACGGUAACUCGGGCUUUGGACAACACCACUUUCCCGUUGCCCUCGUUCCAGGCCCUGGCUGCAGUCAACAGCACAAACAUGACUUGCAAUGGACGGGCAGAUCUCUGUGAUUUGCGAUAUAACCAAGUGACAUAUCCAGGGACGCACAAUAGUGCUGCAUACGAUCUCAAAUACGAUUGUCAGCUCGCAACCGAGACUUGUCUCCAAAGCAAGACGGUCUGCACUGCACAGGCCCAAAAUUGCUCCAUGGGUUGGGAGACGCGAUGUACUAAGAUGUCGAACACCUGUGUGGACCGUCUACCAGGAUGGUUGAACUGGCUGUGUGGAGCUUUUACAUCCACAUGUAUGGCGACGGAACAGGUUUGUCAGGGCUGGGAACAGAUCUGCACGAGCAGUCUGGAGGUCUGCACGCUAUGGGGUUCUGCCUGCUUGGGUGUUGUUCCGGACUGGGCGCUUCCCUGCCUAUGGGAGAACCAACCUGACCACACAAUUUCUCAGCAGCUGGCCGAUGGUGAGUUGGAAUCCGCUUCCUGGAUCUGGGGACAUGCAUGACCAACAACAACACUCAGAUGGUGAUGUGUCACGGUUCUGGCGUCACGCGCGCCAUAGGGAUUACGCUCGAUUCUGUCCUUAACCAGAUCCUGCAGUUCAUGCUGGCGAAUCCGUACGAGGUCGUCACGAUGGAAUUCAACGAAUUUGACGGCAAUGCAACCGUGAUGGCCAAGAUAAUCCAUGACAAGGUGUUACAGUACUUUACUCUUCCGUCAGGACAGCAGCUGAUGUUCUCGCGCAAGAGUCUAGAGGAGCCUUGGCCGACACUGCGUGAUCUAAUCCUGGCAAACCAGAGAC